UCUCUAAUAGUCGUGGAAUUCGGAACAUAAAUUUGUAUUUUUUGCGUCGCGUCGUCCCAGAAAGUCCAAUCCAACAGGAAAUCGCGCGUUUUCCAAAGAAUAACCCCAAAAAAUUCGAAAAUAAUAAUUUUCUUGUUUUUUUUUCUGUUUUCCUGCGGCAAAAAUUCAAAUUUUUUUUCGUAACAUCAAAACAACAACAACAAGAAAAGUGCGUGCGCGUGCAGAAGCGAAAAAAAACGGAAUAAAUUGUGGGCGAAUCAACAAGCAAAAGAGAAUGAGCGAUGAUGAGGAGAAGAGGCAAAAAAAGUAGAGGCAGUUGUCGUAGUACUAGUACCAAAAAGAAACUGCGAAAACUGCUAAAGUGACAAAAACAACAACAACAAGUAACGAAAGAGAAAAGCAAAAGAAGGUAAAAAGCAAAAAGGCGAAUAAAAAAUAAGCGCAAAAAUAUACGUCCACAAAAAAGCAGCAGCAGCAACAACAACACAAAAAUUAACUUAAAAAAGUCGUGAAUUCAUCGUUCGGUAUAUAUAUAUAUAUAUAUAUAUAUUUAUCAACACACACACACAUAUAUAUAGAGUGAGAGCGAGAGAGAGUGCGUUAUUUAUUUUAUAUUUUCGUUAAUCAUUUUUCGCAUUUUGUGAAACAAGUUGGAAAAGCGACAAUACAAAAAUUCAACAGCAACAACAAUAGCAGCAGUAAGCAGUUUGCACCACUUGGAAGAGGUUCCGCCCUCCCCCAAUUCCAUAUGCAAAAUGUCUAGUCCCGACGAUAGAAUACCAAUACACGAUCUGCCAUCAGAAGCCGGAAGCGAUGAGCGAUUGCUGCACAUAACGCCGGCCACUCUGACAUUGGACUUCAAGCCCCAUCCCGCCGUGGAUAUCGAUCAGCAGAUCAUGGAGCUCAAGAAGAGCCAGGAGCUGCAGAAGCAGCGGCUUAUCAACUCGUUUCAGGAGCAAUCGAAGCAAAUGGAAUUGGAGCAUAAACUCCAACUGGAGCACAAGUAUCAAUUUGCGGUGAAUUCACAUGGCGCUUUCCAGGAAUUGCGAAACGAGAGCAUGGUGACCGCCGCCGCUGCUGCGGCCGCUGCGGUCGCUCAGGAGCAACAUCGCCAGCAGUUGCAUCAACAUCAGCAGCAGCAACAGCAGCAGCAGCAACACCAGCAGCAACAGCACCAGCAGCAACAUCAGCAGCAGCAGCAGCAACAGCAGCAGCAACAGGCACGCGGCAGGGAUGGCAUGAAACUCAAGCAGAACUGUAGUGCCAAUGCCAGUCCCGAGGUCAAACAGAUUCUCAACUGCUUCAUCCUGAGCAGGAAGUCGCAGGCGGCGGCCUCGAAUGGCACAACGACAACGUCGCCCUACAGGAAUCGCGGCGUGGUGAAGAGCUCCUCGGGCGAAUCCCUCCCAGCCGGAACCGUGACCAGUGCGCAUCCGUACAAAAUACCUCAGCCGCCCCCCUCACUGCUCAAAUAUGAAUCCGAUUUUCCGCUAAGGAAGACAGCAUCCGAACCCAACCUGCUGAAGAUCCGGCUGAAGCAGAGCGUCAUCGAGCGCAAGGCCCGCAUCGGAGGACCGGCGGGAGCCCGGCGCCACGAACGACUCCUCCAGGCGGCGCAGCGCCGGCAGCAAAAGAACUCGGUUCUCACAAACUGCAACAGUACACCGGACUCUGGACCCAAUUCGCCGCCCUCGGCAGCCGCGCUGGCGGUGGGCGUGGUCGGUAGCCGUGGAUCACCGACGAGUGCACCCAUCCAGGAGGAGAACGAGGAGGGCAGCCAAUAUCAGCCGGGCCAGCGGAGCAGCAUCAACGAUUUGCCACUGUUCAGCUCGCCCUCGCUGCCGAACAUUUCGCUGGGGCGACCGCAUUUACCCAACUCGGCGCAGGCGCAUGCCCAGGUGAAUGCCCAGGUGGCUGCCCAGGCUCAGGCCCAGGCGCAGGCACAGGCCCAGGCGCAUGCCAUGUUCGCGGCACUGGCUGCCGCCCAGGGUGGCUGCGGUCAGCCGGGCUACUACAACCCACUGGGCAUGGCCUUCGUGGGCCGCCAACCGGCGCCGCUGGCCAUGAUUCCGGCCACGGGGAUAGCGCCACAGCAACCGUCGCCGGUGGUGCGCAGUGCAUCGGCCACCUCGACAUCGUCGUCGCAGGCCUCGCUGGUGGGCGAUGUGGCGCCACCGCAGGCGCAUGCCGCCUCCACCAUUCUGCCCUCGUCGUCGUCCUACAUGCAGCAAUUGGGCAGUGUGGCCGGCUCGGGGGUUAAUCUCCAUGCCGCCGCCGUCGCUGCAGCGGCAGCAGCAGCCGCCGCCGCCGGUUCACUGCCACCGACCAAUAGCCAUGGUCAUGGACACGGCACCCACGCACAUGCCCAUGGGCACGGACAUGGCCAUGGCCAUGGCCUCUAUGCGGGCCACCAGCACAACGUGCCCAUCACGGACGCCCAGGUGGCGCAGGUGCAUCUGCACAAACAGGGCCACCGGCCGCUGGGACGAACGCAGUCGGCACCACUGCCCCUUGGCCAUCCGAUGCUGACCGGCGCUGUGCAGUUGAAUGUGGUCCAGACGCACUACGAGAAUAGUGAGGCGGAACGGCAGGCGUACGAGCACCAGGUGGUUAACCAGAAAGUCCGUCAAACCGUCCUCACUCGCAGCGGAGCUGCUGCAGCAGCCGCUGCCGCCGCCGGCGUGAGCGUGGUGCGUGAGGCGCAGCUGAAGGAGGAGGACGACGACUCGGCCGCCGAGGUAAUGGACCUCACGGACAAGAAAAAACCGCCGAAGACGGUGCUGACCAACACGAUAGCCACCAGUACGUCCCAGAAUCUGCCCGAAGCUUUGGCAGCGGCGGCGGCGGCAGCCGCUUACCGUGCGCCGCACACCACGUCCGGUAACUCCAUCUCCGUCUCCGCCUCCGUCACAAAGUCCGGCAUUAAGCUGCGGGACCAGGAGUAUCUGCAACAGCAGCGGGAGCAGCUAUUGCUCCUGCAGCAGGAGGAAGAACUGGCGAAGAGCCUGAUGCGUCCGCUCUCGCGAACGCUUAGCAGUCCGCUGGUGCCGCUGGGGCCACAUGGUCUAAGUCAGAUUCCCGACACUGGACAGCAGCCGGCACCGAUAGCCACAUCCUCGUCGGCCGAUCAUAUACCGCCCGUCAACCUCUCGCUGCCGCAUCGCCAGCACCGCCAGCUAAUGAGCACCCUAUAUGCCAGCCAAUUGCGUAACCAUCAGCCAACGGCGAGUGGUUCACCGCCGCACAAGGUCACCACCGGUUUGGCCUACGAUCCGCUUAUGCUGAAGCACUCGUGUAUUUGCGGGGACAAUGCCCAGCAUCCGGAGCACAGUGGUCGAUUGCAGAGCGUGUGGGCACGGCUGAAUGAAACGGAUCUGGUGAAGCGUUGCGAUCGCCUGCGCGCUCGCAAGGCGACGCAGGAGGAGCUGCAGAGUGUGCACACAGAGGCGCAUGCCAUGCUCUUCGGCUCGAAUCAGUGUCAGUUGAGCAGGCCCAAGUUGGAGAACACGUUGUCGGCCAGCUUCGUUCGUCUGUCGUGCGGCGGUUUGGGUGUGGAUCUGGAUACCACGUGGAAUGAGCACCAUACGGCCACCGCUGCACGAAUGGCCGCCGGUUGUGUUAUCGACUUGGCGCUCAAGACGGCCAAGGGUGACCUGCGGAAUGGUUUUGCCGUUGUGCGGCCGCCGGGCCAUCAUGCGGAGGCCAAUCUGGCCAUGGGCUUCUGUUUCUUCAAUUCGAUCGCCAUUGCGGCCAAGCUGCUACGUCAGCGGAUGCCCGAGGUGCGGCGCAUCCUUAUUGUCGAUUGGGAUGUGCAUCACGGCAAUGGCACACAGCAAGCAUUCUACCAAAGUCCCGACAUUCUAUAUCUUUCCAUACAUCGACACGAUGACGGUAACUUCUUUCCCGGCACAGGUGGACCCACAGAGUGCGGCUCCGGUGCUGGUCUCGGCUUUAACGUGAACAUCUCAUGGUCUGGGGCACUUAAUCCGCCACUGGGCGACGCCGAGUAUAUCGCUGCAUUCCGUACCGUUGUGAUGCCCAUCGCGCGGAGCUUUAAUCCGGACAUUGUGCUGGUAUCCUCCGGUUUCGAUGCGGCCACCGGCCAUCCGGCACCGCUGGGUGGCUACCAUGUCUCACCGGCCUGCUUUGGGUUCAUGACCCGCGAACUACUUCAGCUGGCCAACGGCAAAGUGGUGCUGGCCCUCGAGGGCGGCUACGAUCUGGCCGCCAUCUGUGAUUCCGCCCAGGAGUGUGUGCGGGCGCUGCUCGGCGAUCCCGCUGCUCCCAUAGCUAAGGCCGAGCUGGAGCGCCCGCCCUGCCAGAAUGCCAUCAAUACGCUCCAGAAGACGAUAGCCAUUCAGCAAACGCACUGGCCCUGCGUGAGGAUGCUGGAGCAUACGGUGGGCUUGUCUGCGCUGGAGACGCUCAAGGUGGAGCACGACGAGUCCGAGACGAUCAACGCCAUGGCUGGCCUCUCGAUGCAGUCGAUGCACAGAACUCUAUCCCGCGAUGAUUCCGAGGAGCCGAUGGACCAGGAUGAAACCAAAUAGAAGGCGAUGCAGACGUAUAAUGGGGACAAGGAGGCGGUGGGCGUGGGGAGGAUUUGUGGACGUGGUAGUGGGAAUGGCAAGAGGGCGUGGCCGCAAGCUGCUCAAUGCACAUUUAGUUAUUUGUUGUAGUUGAAUUGAUUGUUGUUGCUGUUGUUGUUGUGGCGCUCGCUUGCAAUUGUUGUCGUUGUCAUUGAUCGUCUAUAGCCACAUCUAUCUCUCUCACUCGAUCGAUUAUAGUAUCCCAAGUAUCCCCGCUCCCCUCCCCAGAAAAAUGAGAAACAUCGAAAAUAUAGGGGAAUUUGUCUAAAAGAAGCAGAACAGGGCCUAAAGUUCAAAAUGGUGGCUGUGCCUCCAAAAGAAUAAAUAAUUAUAAUAAUUAGAAAAGAACCCUUUCAAAAAAGGGAGAUUUUAUAUGAAUAUAUAUAUGAAUAACAUAUAUAUCUAUAAAUAUAUAUAUAUGUAGCAUAAGGACAGAAUUUAGUUGUAGAAGUCAUCGAGAUUUUAUUUUUUUUUUUGUUUUAAGGUGAGCGCAGAGGUAUUGUAACGCACACACAAACACACGCAACUCAAUGUAUCUUUUUAUUAUUAUUAUUUAAGUAAGUGUGUCAAAAGGAUAUAGAACCACUAACAUACUGAUAAAUCAGUACACUACACAGUUAAAGUUUAAAGAGGACGGGUGCAAGAAGCGUGUGUUUCUUUUUUUUUUUUUAGUUAAGGUUCAACCUCAAAGUUUCCCAAGUCUAGACCCCACCACGCCCACUUUUCCCGCCACCACCUAAUAAAAGAUCGAGGGGGGGAGAGGAUUACAUGUUAUGUAGAAUGCUUUAGUUGAUAAAAGAUAUGAGUAAACUACAACAACCAAGUUAAGAGUUGAAUGAAAAGCGGAAAAACUGAGAAAUCUUUUUGUACAAUUUAUAGUUUAGUGCAAGUUUCAAGUACAACAUGCUAUUAUUUAAAGAAUUCUAUAUACAUAUAUAUAUAUAUAUACACAUAAAUAUAUAUAUAAAUAUAUAUUGUGCAAUAAAUGUGAGAAAAUGAAAAUCGCCACACAAAACAGAAACUAAAACUAAAACGAAUAAGAGAAAUUUGUUGUUAAAUGUUGCCGAGAUCUUAUAUACGUAUGUAUACCUAAUAACUGUUACAAUAAUAACCCUUUAUAUAUAUAUAUAUAUAUAAAUAUAUAAAUGCACAUGUGUAUUCACCGUGUGUGUGUAACGAUAACGAUGUUCAACAAAUGUCUGAAAUGAAGUAAAACUAUUAUUAUAUGUAAAUAAAACACAAAACAAAGAGAACAAUUUUAAUAAAAACAAAAAGCAACAGUGAAA